GAGCCAACAGCUGAGGGUCGGGGGUCCCUGUCUCCAAGGGCCGCGCGGGACGCGUUGGAGGACAUGGGCGACAAGUAUGCUACUCUCCAGCGGGCCCAGCUGCAUCUGGAUUUCAUCCACGCCAACUCCACCACGCACAGUUUCCUUUUUGGAGCGCUGGCUGAAUUGCUGGACAAUGCAAGAGAUGCAGGGGCUGCAAGACUUGAUGUGUUUUCAGUGGAUAAUGAAAAACUGCAGGGUGGAUUCAUGUUGUGCUUCCUGGAUGAUGGAUGUGGUAUGAGCCCUGAGGAGGCUUCAGAUAUCAUUUACUUUGGAACAUCUAAGAAACGGUCAUCAACCUUGAAGUUUAUUGGACAAUAUGGUAAUGGUCUUAAAAGUGGAUCCAUGAGGAUUGGAAAAGACUUUAUUCUUUUUACAAAGAAGGAAGAAACGAUGACCUGUGUGUUUUUUUCUCAGACAUUUUGUGAAAGAGAAGGUCUUAGUGAGGUUGUGGUUCCAAUACCUUCAUGGUUAACAAGAACCAGAGAAUCUGUUACAGAUGAUCCUCAAAAAUUCUCAACAGAGUUGUCUAUAAUUUUUAAGUACUCUCCAUUUAGAAAUGAAGCUGAAUUGAUGCAGCAGUUUGAUAUGAUCUACGGGAAAUGUGGUACUUUGCUGGUUAUUUAUAACUUGAAGCUUUUGCUUAGCGGAGAGCCAGAGUUGGAUGUUAAGACUGACAAGGAAGAUAUGCUGAUGGCUGGGGCUCUUGAGGAUUUUCCAGAGAGAUGGUCAUUCAGAGCCUACACAUCUGUUCUGUAUUUUGAACCUUGGAUGAGAAUAUUCAUUCAGGCCAAAAGAGUUCAGACAAAACACCUAUGUUAUUGCCUCUACAGACCCAGAAAGUAUCUGUAUGUCACGUCUUCUUUUAAAGGAGCAUUUAAAAAUGAAGUUGAAAAGGCAGAAGAAGCAGUAAAGAUUGCCGAACGUGUAUUGAAACAAGCACAAAUCACAGUAAACCAGCCUGACAGAACUUCUUUGUCUUCUGCCAAGGAUGUAUUACAGAAAGCUUUGGAAGAUGUUGAAGCAAAGCAUACGAUUCUUAAAGUGAAACAGAGAGAAUUAAAAAAAGCAAGGACUCUCUGCCUGUUCUUUGGAGUGAACAUAGAAAAUCGAAGCCAAGCUGGGAUGUUCAUUUACAGUAAUAACCGCCUGAUCAAAAUGCAUGAGAAAGUGGGCCCACAGUUGAAACUGAAGUCCUUACUUGGUGCAGGCGUGGUUGGAAUUGUUAAUAUACCCUUGGAGAUCAUGGAGCCAUCCCAUAAUAAGCAGGAAUUUCUCAAUGUCCAAGAGUAUAAUCAUCUGCUGAGAGUCAUGGGGCAGUACUUGGUGCAGUACUGUAAGGACACCGGGAUCAGUAAUAGAAAUUUAACACGGUUUUGGAAUGAAUUUGGAUACCAGAGUAACAAGGAUGGAGAGAAAUCUUUAGAUUCUAUUCAGUAUCAAAGAAGACAAGCCAUGGCCAUACCAUUCAUCAUUCAGUGUGAUCUUUGCCUUAAAUGGAGAGUCUUGCCUUCUUCUAUCAAUUAUCAGGAAAAAGAAUUUUUUGAUCUCUGGAUUUGUGCAAAUAAUCCUAACAUCUUGGAAAACAGUUGUCAUCAGGCAGAAAACCUACCUUCCAUCCCCCUGGGCACCAUGAGCAGAGUGUCACCAUCAAAAAAUGAGAAAGAGAAACAACUUCGAGAGGCAGUCCAAAGGUACCACAAUCGACUGGCAGAACAGCAGCCACAGCCUCAGUUUAUACCAACAAGAAGAAUCAUGGAGUUCACUACUACCUGCCGAACUUCAGCAUCUAAGGAAAAUACAAAAACUGAGAAAGUCAGGCCUUGGGGCCAGGACUUGAAGCAGGAGUCUCCUGCGUCCUUUGAGCUUUCUGUCAGCCACAGAGGCCAGAAAAAAAACACAGAAGGGACAGACUCUGAGGUGGAGUACAUUGCAGAAGCUAACAUUAUGAAGAAGUCUAUGCAGAAGAAAGCAAAACCUCAACAGCAGAGACGUCCAGCAGCCCUGCCAGAAAAUAUCAGACUAGCCAAGAGAUCUCAGGUCUCUUCUAGGGAGAUGAGUAGGAAGCAGAGCGAAAAUCUUGUGCCAGAAUGUAAGGCUUUGACCGAAGUUGAAACCAGCGACAGCAAUCCAGAUAUAAUCCUGGUUUUAGAUAAAAGUGACACUGAUCUUUCAUUGAAACAAGAAAAAAAGGAAGUUUCUCUUAUGAAAAAAGAAAAACAGGAGCUGUGUAGUGAUACUCCAGAAAUGAAGAGAAACGCUUCAUUACCUAAUCGGGAAAGUGCACUGAUGGAAGACUUAAGUCCACGUUCUGGAGACAGUGCCAGCUUUUCCGUGUAUAGUGGUUGUGGAGUUACUUCUUCACUGACAAAGUCUUCUCAAAGCACAUAUGUCAAAGAAACAGUAAGAAAACUGACAUCCAAUUUAAGGGAGAUUCUUCUGUACUUUUUUUCUGAGCAUCGGCUACCAUCAGAAUUUGGCUACACAUCUGUGGAGGAACUCAUGGCAAGUUUUGAGCUGGAGCAGUGCCCAGAGCAGACAAACAAAAAGCUGAGAAUGGGCUUCAGCCAGAUCCAGCAUGUUUACAUGGUCCAAUAUGAAAGAGAACUAAAGAGAAAAAUACAGUCCAUUAUCUACGAAGCAAAUACAAGAGGAGUGGUUAAUGAAAUAUCUCUGGGACAAUGUGAAGCAAAAAGAAAACUUACUGAAGACAAACUGAAUAAUCUUCGGGUAAAACUGGCAAUAUUGUUGCAGAAACUUCAGCUGGUAGGUAAUGCAAUUUUGAGUAGUAGGAAUAUACCUUGUGGAAAGAGCAUUCAGCCAGCUUCCUCCUCUGACAUUGUCAUCCAUUUAUUGGCUUUGGACGAGUCAUUUAACCCAGCCCUUAUUCUCCAUGUAAGGAUAUUGAAAUUGUACAUAAAUGAAUUUUGGGACAGGACCCCAGUCACAAAGCUGGGCCUCAGUACUCUUCAGAGGCCUAAGGCAGAGGGAACCAUGCACAAGCAGGUUAAUAGAACCAGCUCAGCUGGAGAGCAGGUUGAACCCAUGGGUGCUCUUGAGGGAGUGAGAUUUAAGUCAGUACAGAGGCAGCAUUUGUCGGGCUGUUCAUGGAUUAAGCAGCCCAGGGAAGGAGAGUGUGAAAUUACCCAGACAGAGAAGUGGGGGAAGAACAGAAAGGCGACCCAUGAGGGCACAAACCGGGGGCUGCGGGGAAGGAUGGUGGAGGGGAAGAGGAGCGACAGAGAAGGCGGUCCAGCAGGAGACCUGGAGCAGAUUGACAGUUAUUUAGAAGCUUUGCUUAAAGAAGAUAAUCCCCUUGUUCAGAACGCUUUGAAUAAAGUAACUACAGAUACAGGACACAGUCUCCCUUUAGAAAAACACUGA